CGCAUGUGUCAAGCGUGUUUGUAACUGUCAGUUCGAUCUAUGACGUUUGCGUAGUCACGUGUCCUGCCAAACUUUAAACCUCAUUUGUUAUGUGUGGCGAUGUCAAUUCAACUUCAUCUACGAUGCCCGUAACUGAAGUACAGUGGAUCGGGGCCAGUUGUGGACGGCACAGCACUUACACCUUCUACAGAGGUUUCAGAUUAAUUGUCGAUGGCGUGGCAAAAAAUUUCUGUCUCGGAGAGUUUUAUUUUGUGAGGAAUUCCACAGACCAACCGAUAUGCAUAGCUGAACUACAAUUAGUUUGGUACGACGCGAGUACUGACAGCCAGCUUGCUUCCGCGAGGCUUUAUUUUAGACCCGAAGAUACUCCCGCAGGACGCCUUGCAAACCACGGACAGGAUGAGUUACUAUAUGCUGACCAGAAGGUUGUCAUUAAAUGCCACGACAUGGCUGUAUGGCAGAAUUCAGGACUCCAAUGGAAUUGUGGCAUGUUACCCUUGUGUGAAAGUGAUUUUGUAUGUGUCAACGACAAAUACUAUUUGAACAGCAACAAUGUUGCUAAGGAGAAAGAAACUUUAAAAACUGCCAGGGAGGCAUGGAUGAAAAGGGAUCAUCCUCGCAGCCUCCACAUACUUACAUUUCCGGCUUAUUGUCGCUACAGAGCUCUUAAAAGGAGGCUCUUAUCGGGCAUGUUUUUGACAAGAGCCCAGUUGACUGCACUGGGUGGAGUUAUUGCGGAACACAAAAGUAUACGGGUGCUCUUCUGUAGAGAUAGUUUUCAUCAUCCCAGCUUGGACAAGUUUGAAUUAUCUGGUGAUAACAAAGCACCAGUUCUGAAAGGUAGGCCAAGGAAGAAAAAGAAGCUUACUGCGCAAAACAAUGUGCUAAAGAAGAAACGGUUUGUGGCAGACAUUCAAAAUCACCUUGGAAAUUCACCAGCAGCAAAACGAUGCAAAGUAUCAGAGGAAGAAGAGAGUGCAGGUUCUGAUAUGUCAGAAGGUGUGCAAGACAAGAUAAAGGCACCUCCUGCAAUGGGAAGGAAAACUAAGACCAAUGGGCCGCCGCCCUUAAUAAAGCCACGAAUACAAGUCAAUAACGCAGAAAAGGCAGAAACAGCAGAGAUUCCCAAAAUUGCUGUUCAAGAUGUGCCAUUGGCAAAAGGAGAACAUACAAAGAUCCCACCUCCUCUUAUUCCCUCUAGCAAGAUAAAGGCAGAUGUGCUGUGUCUCUCACAACCACUGCAGUCUAGUCAAAAGGAAAUCAGUACAAAUAUUUCAGAGUGUUCAAGGACCACACCUAUUCAAAAGCAAGUUUUCUCUUCGAAUGCAAAGCUAAGGGAUGUUGAAAACAGUAUGACCAAUAAAAAGACUGUUUCACUGAUGAAACCACACUUGACUGAUAGAGUUAGAACAAAUGUUACAGUUAUACCUGCUUCAAGUUCAAGCUCUAUGUCAGAGAGUAGAACAAGCAGAGUACCAAAUUCCCUCACAGAAAACAAGAAAACUUCAAAUGGGACAGCUGUCACAUACACCCAUAAUGUUGACAAUUCGAGAACACAGCCAGCUGUCCAGGCCAAUGUACAUCCACCUACUGUCUUGAGCACCCGACCAGUAACUACAACACAAGGCACCGUCAGCACACAGCUAGCAGCAUCUACCUGCAAUGUUAUGCGCAACCAACCUGUGGCAUGUUUGCAGCAGCCCAUAAGCAGUGUGCAGUCAGUUCCAGCAAAAUCUUUUCAAAAUGCCACACCAAUUUCAGGACCCAUUUCAUCUUCAGUGAACAUCAAUGAUGUUACAAAGCCAAGGUUCAGUAAGGAAAAUGAAGAAAAGCAUUUCAGACCACCCUCUGUUUCAGAGGAGAAGAAAGAGAAUGAGAUGAAACAAAUGGAGGAAUCUAUUUUGUGGAAAAAGAAGAAGAAAAGACUGAGGAUGCCUGGAAAUGUCAAGGAUGAGGUGUAUGAUGACGAUGAUGAGAAGUUCUUCAUGCAAACCUUACGUGACUUCAUGAGAAAGAAUAACCAGCCACUUGGCAAGUUGCCUGCCUUGGGCUUUAAGAAAGUUAAUCUGUGGACAAUGUACAAUACAGUGCAGAAAUUUGGAGGCUAUGAUGCUGUGACUGGGAAACGUCUGUGGCGACGUGUUUAUGACUCACUUGGUGCAAGUACAACUAUAACAAGUGCUGCCACUUAUACCAAGAGACAUUAUGAAAGGUUACUCUUGCCAUAUGAGAAGCAUAUAAGAAACGAUCUCAAGAGACAGAUGGAUGAGAAAAAUCCCCCUUUUGCUGACAGCUGUGGACAAAAAGAGCUUUUAGACAAAACGAAGAAAAAACCAGGUUUAACAGUCUCCAAUAGCAAAGCAGUGCAACCAAGCUUUCAUGCAGACCAGGCUGUCGUAGAGAAGAAGCAGAAUCAGGUCAUGGAAAGAGAUAGAAAUACACAUGAUAAUAUUGCACCAGUGUCAUCACAGCAAGCAAUACCUUUAAGAGUGACCUCCACACCUGAUGUAAAGAGGAAUGUGAUGCACAUAGCCCAUUCUCAAGAAAUGAAACCUGUUAUAACAACAUCAGCCAUCACCACAGCCUCCUAUAUGCAAGAAAUUUCACCUGUUUCUGUGAAAUCCAUCACAGAAGAAUCUAAACUGUGGAGGAGCAAGUCAGUUGCAAGCACAGAGCCACUGAUCACCUCAUCCUCUGACAGAAGAGAAAAAGUUGUUCCAGUGCAACAAUUUUCACAAGAGGCAACUGUCACUAAAGACAGGAAACAGCAUCGCAGGGAAGAGAUUCGUAGCCAUGAGGAAACAAGUGCAAGAACCAACUUUGUCUAUGCAAAAAACACAGUUGCUGUUGGUACCAAUCUGAAUCAAGCUAUUCCACCACAGAGGGUCUCUAAAGUUGUGAAUGAUGAUAUGCGAGUGGUACCACCUUUACAGCAGUUAAAUACUGCUAACAAAGGAAGAGAGAUUAUUGAUUUAACAUCAGAGGACAGUCCUCCGGGGGUACAGUCUAGGAGUCACACUGUGCCACAGACUCAGAAAGAAAUGCAAGAAAUAUCCAAGGUGCAGAGACCAAUAAUUGGUGGUGGAGAAAAUUCCAGGCUGAAACAUUUGCAGCAAUUGCAAAUAAAACAAGAACACAAUGACAGUUCAAAGCACCACUCCACUAAAGAACUAAAACCCAAAGUAGAAGGAUCCAUAGUUUAUGGUGUGCAGCCGUACAGUGGUCAACCAUUUAAUGGCAACAAGGUUCCAUCUCGUGUUCAUGAAAGCUCUCCUGGGUUUACAACAAAGAAAGCUUUAGAUGAAGUCUGUCCACCUCUAAAACAAGAAACAUCCCAUUCCAAACAGGAGAAGAAGAGGCAUAAACAGGCACGAUCGGAAAACUUAGAAGGCUGCUACACACACUCCCCUUCAUCAGAGAGUGUUGAUGAGCAUUUUGCAGAAUGGCUACGAAGACAGUCCAGUGGGCAACAGCAACAUCCUAAAUCUAGCACCAGACAUCACUACACUCCAGAACUUGGCCAGUUAAGGUAUAACUAUGUUUCCGAGGACCUCUGUCCCCCAGACUGCUCUUGCUCAUUAUCAGCAAGCAGGAAAGAUGAUAUUAGAGCCCCUCCACCGAAGCCAAAGAAGGAGCAUUACGAAGAAGAGCUACCAUUUCAUGGUAUGACAUUUUACCCAGGAAGAUGGAGUCCUUCCUCCAUGAUGCCAGAUCGCCCUGAUCUUUACAUAUCCUCUCCUUCUGCUCAUUUGCAAGGACCACCAGACGCACUUUCGAGUCACUUGUGUACAGCAUCCAGGAUUUUCAUUCCCACACCCCCUAUGUUUAGUCCUACCUACCACUUGGGUGUGGCACCUGUGGGUGCUCCGGCCUUGAUAACGGGCACAGAUGAUCAGCUACACAUUCACCCACAUUGUUUGCUGGGAUCAACUUAUCCUGGUACAUCGAACUCAAGGACACCAGAAGGAACCAAUUACCCAUUAUACUCUUUUACUUAAGUGACCAUUCUGGUAACAAGGACUUGAGAAAAAACUGUAACAGAAGCCCAUGUUUGGAUAGGGGAAAAAACCAUACUUACUUCACUAGAAGAGCAUCUACCAUAAUUUACACAAAUCAUUCCUUGUGCUCUGAAGUCCUCAAAAAUAGCCACUCCUGCAGAAUUUCUCUCUUAAGAUGCUGGGAUUCAAAAUUUACACAGAAUUACAAAAGUGAAAUUUUUAAUGAUUUGUUGAUAAAUAUCCACUCGUUUAAAAAGUAAUUAUUUUGCAAGCAGCAUGUGUGGGGCUGUUUCAAGUGUAGAUGCUAAUUUUUCAUUGAUAUAAAUAUGUAGUUAACGAUGUUAUCUUUCCACCGAGGUGGGAAUUUCACGCUUAAGUGUUGACAUGGUGUUAAAUUACACAUUUUGAAUACUCUUUUUUAGAAUAAUCAGCUGGUCUGAUUCAAUUGUUAACUCAGGAGGUACUCACAUUCAUUAGCAGCUCUGAAACCCUCUGUUUUCAGUAGUCUCACCUAAGGCUUUAACAGUGUAAUUUUUAGGAAGCUUUCAUUUCUGCUGGCAUUGUAAAUAUAUUUAUUUCGGCAUUCUGAACUCAUCAUACAUCUUCCAGAAAUUACAUUAUCACGGUAGUUUGAAAAAGACGCAAACUACAGGUCACCUAUUAGAACUUCAUUGUUGGACCCAGGAAACAUUAAUCAUAUAAAACCCUUUCCCUUUCAAGGGCUUGUGUUAAAAGUGUUAUAUGGUCAAUUUUUGAUGACAUUCUCUCAUUUUCAUUGUAAAUUUUGUGAAUAUAAGGUUGCUGUUUGUUGCAGUGUGAGAUAAAGGCUUUAAUUUUCAUCGAUUAGAAAUGAAAUUAAAUAGCAAGAGAUAAUUGCUUGUACAAUUUAUAAUUUAUUAAUUCCACAAUGCGAUUUUGCUUGAUUUUUUUUUUACAUUAAAACCUGAUUAAUUACGAUUUUCUUAUUGAUGUGUUAUGGUUUAAUUUGUCUUUGGUUCAAAGUUCAUUUUCCUUCCGUCAAUUUUGUCAUCGUACACUAUCACAGGGACUACAGAGGAGGCUAAAAUUUGAACCAAAAGCGAAAUUAAACCACAACAUAUACGAGCAACUCUUUCUCAAGGGCUGGUUCAGUUGAUAACUAUUUCUAAUGUUACAACUAUGUUACAUUUUCAUGAUUGCUACCCUGUAGAAUUACCAAACGUUAUAUUUUAAGUCAGUUUGUGUUGUAUACAUUCUAGCAGAGUUUGGACCAACUUUCUACCAUUUAUGAUGGUGAAAAUUUGAGUUCACUCAGUAUAUUGUCAUAUUGCAAAGGUGUGAAAUAUUUUUUAGGUGAACACGGCUUUGAAGUAUUUUUCUAACGCAAAAGGCUAUUUUUGUACAUUAUGCAAAGCUAAAACACGUGAUUUUUGUUUGUUUGUUUUUGCUGGAUGUAGUGUAUUUAUUUUUGCAAAGGUCAAGAAGACUUCACAGAUGAAACUUUAACUUUUAUAAAUAAUAUUUUGC